AUCGAUAGGCUAUGAGAAAAUGUUAAAAUAAGAAAAGACAAAAAGUCUAAAGGAAACAGAAGAGGAAAUAAACCAGGGGAGAAGCUCUGCUCUUUAUCUGUCGUCUGCAACCACCGAAACGACACACUGCGAGGGAGAGCAGACCAACAAAACUCCGCGGCGACCUCAUGGCAGUCUGACGUACAACUACCGCUGCUGGUAUAAAUGAAUUCACGGCGUCACCAGGCGCAGAUGAUUUGAAGGACCAGUGAGCGCCCCGGCAGACACACACACACACACACACAGCAAUUUGCGUCAUGCGUCGCCGGAACGAAGGAACAGGCACGGGAACUCCGAUGGACCCCGUUAGUACCCACACUGGUUCCAGCACGAGGGACUGACCGUGCCUCCAGAUUCCCCCCUUUGGCUCCCCUGUCCUGUCCUACCGGGCGCACCGUGUGUGUCUCGGACCCUGAAGAACUAUGGAUUUUAUCAACAACGGUAGUGAAAAUAGUAAUACGACCACAGCCUUCCCCGACGUUGUGGAUGUCAUUCCAGAGUGGGGUGACAAUGACAAAGCAAUGGGGUCUAGAAGUGUGCCCGAGGUGGAGCUGAGUUACCAGGUGGUCACCUCUCUGCUGCUCGGCGCGCUCAUCCUCUGUUCCAUAUUCGGCAAUGCGUGCGUGGUCGCGGCCAUCGCGCUGGAGAGGUCGCUCCAGAACGUGGCCAACUAUCUGAUCGGCUCGCUAGCCGUCACUGACCUCAUGGUAUCAGUUCUGGUACUACCCAUGGCGGCCCUCUACCAAGUCCUGAACAAAUGGACCCUGGGACAGGAGAUAUGUGAUAUUUUCAUCUCUCUGGACGUGUUGUGCUGCACGUCGUCCAUUUUGCAUCUGUGCGCAAUUGCCCUGGACAGGUACUGGGCUAUCACGGACCCAAUAGACUAUGUGAACAAACGGACACCCAGACGAGCCGUGCUGCUGAUCAGCGUGACUUGGCUGAUUGGGUUCUCGAUCUCCAUCCCACCCAUGUUAGGCUGGAGGAAAGCCGAGGACAGGGCGAACCCGGACGCCUGCACCAUCAGCCAGGACCCGGGCUACACCAUCUACUCCACGUUCGGAGCUUUCUACAUCCCGCUUUUCCUCAUGCUGGUCCUCUACGGUCGGAUAUUCAAGGCAGCCAGGUUCCAGGUUUGGAAAACUGUGAAGAAAUCGGAAAAGGCAAAAGUGUCGGACAAGUGCUUGGCGGUGUCGCCGGCUAUUUCCCACAAGAAGAUCAACGUAGAGGCGGGAGGCAAGAACUGGAAACAUAGUGUGGAGCCUACAUCCAAGUCCCCGUGCGUAAACGGCGCGGUGAAGCACGGGGAGAACUGCGAGUCGUUUGAGAUCAUAGAAGUUACCAACAAUUCUAAGAACCACCUGCCUCUCCCCAACACUCCACAGUCCUCACAAGGGGGUGAGAACAGGAGCGAAAAGAACACUGAGGCUAAGAGGAAAAUAGCUCUGGCCAGGGAGCGGAAAACGGUAAAGACGCUCGGUAUCAUCAUGGGGACUUUUAUUUUCUGCUGGCUGCCGUUUUUCAUCGUGGCGCUGGUCUUGCCUUUCUGUGCGGAGAGCUGUUACAUGCCAGAGUGGCUAGGUGCCGUCAUCAACUGGUUGGGCUAUUCGAACUCUCUCCUAAACCCCAUCAUUUAUGCCUACUUUAACAAAGACAUCCAAAGUGCUUUCAAGAAGAUCAUAAGAUGCAAAUUCCAUAGACCGUGAGCCGUUCAUUAGUAAAGUGUUACCGUUUACUUCAUUCCAAUGAUGGAGUUUACGAAGCGCAAAAAAGCAACAUGUUAUUUUCAGGGACUGUCUCUAGCCUACGGUGUGAAUUAGAAACAGAAUAGCCUAUGGGUCAUAUACAGUGAGACGUGGAGAGAGACAUGCAGUAUAUUUGUAGGCCUUUAUGCUGUGUACGCUGCUCCUGUGUAGCAUAUUCGAUGUUGUAGAUAUCUGCAAGGCAUCGUUGUAUUCCCAUGCAAGACGUGUUAUUCAAAUACAAUUUACAUAAUUCAUGCAUUCCAUCCAUGUGACCUGGUCUCAGAGCAUUUCGUAUUAUUCUGUACGUAAUUCCGAGACACUUCAUUUAGUAUGAUAUGUUACGUUUCGUAUGGUAUGUAUCCACGAGACACGAAGGUUUCCGUCCUACAUCAUACCAGCUUUA